AGAGAACUAUCAGAUGCUCAGAAUAAAUUAAGUCGGCUAGUACUAACCGGUGUGCAAAGCAGUGAACGAACAGCGCCCAUUUUGUCAUUACAGAAAAUCACCAUGAGAGAAAUUGUUCAUCUUCAGACUGGCCAAUGUGGAAACCAAAUUGGUGCUAAGUUUUGGGAGGUGAUCUCAGAUGAGCACGGCAUCGACCCAACAGGAACCUAUCAUGGUGACUCAGACCUGCAGCUCGAGAGAAUCAAUGUCUACUACAACGAGGCUACUGGAGGAAAGUAUGUCCCGAGAGCCAUUUUGGUUGACCUUGAGCCCGGUACUAUGGACUCUGUCAGAUCUGGUCCAUUCGGUCAGAUUUUUCGCCCAGACAACUUUGUGUUUGGACAGAGUGGUGCAGGAAACAAUUGGGCCAAAGGUCACUACACAGAGGGUGCUGAACUGGUGGACUCGGUUCUAGACGUAGUUCGUAAGGAGUCGGAGAGCUGUGACUGUCUACAGGGGUUCCAGAUGACUCACUCCCUGGGGGGUGGCACAGGCUCCGGAAUGGGAACACUCCUCAUCUCCAAGAUCCGUGAAGAGUACCCAGACAGAAUCAUGAACACAUUCUCAGUCGUCCCAUCACCAAAGGUGUCAGAUACAGUUGUAGAACCAUACAAUGCCACACUCUCUGUUCAUCAGUUAGUAGAAAACACCGACGAAACCUUCUGCAUUGAUAACGAGGCUCUGUAUGACAUUUGCUUCCGUACACUCAAACUGUCCACACCAACAUACGGUGACCUUAAUCAUCUUGUGUCAGCCACAAUGUCAGGUGUCACGACUUGUCUUAGGUUCCCAGGACAGUUGAAUGCCGACCUCAGGAAGCUAGCAGUAAAUAUGGUUCCCUUCCCACGUCUCCACUUCUUCAUGCCAGGAUUCGCACCCCUUACCUCUCGUGGAAGUCAGCAGUACAGGGCCCUGACUGUUCCCGAGCUCACACAGCAGAUGUUUGAUUCCAAGAACAUGAUGGCCGCCUGUGAUCCACGUCAUGGACGCUACCUCACGGUGGCUGCCAUUUUCAGGGGUCGUAUGUCCAUGAAGGAGGUCGACGAACAGAUGCUGAAUGUUCAAAACAAGAACAGCAGCUAUUUUGUUGAGUGGAUUCCCAACAAUGUGAAGACGGCUGUUUGUGACGUUCCCCCCAGAGGUCUGAAGAUGUCUGCCACUUUCAUCGGAAACAGCACCGCCAUCCAGGAGCUGUUCAAGAGAAUCUCUGAGCAGUUCACCGCUAUGUUCCGUCGUAAGGCUUUCUUGCAUUGGUACACUGGUGAGGGUAUGGAUGAGAUGGAGUUCACUGAGGCCGAGUCCAACAUGAACGACUUAGUGUCCGAGUACCAACAGUACCAGGACGCCACCGCCGAGGAGGAGGCCGAAUUUGAUGAGGAGGAGGAACAAGAAGAGAUGUAGAUGCCUCCCACGCCUCAGAUUAACAGACUAAGCAAAUGGACCAAUUCCUGUACAGCUUUAAAUAAUUCUCAAUGACAGUUUUCUAGUCACUGUGUUCUGUUUCUCUGUGAUCUUUCUGUCUUCCUUUCUAUCCGCCAUUUUUUGGAAACAUUUUUACUUUUGUUUAAAAUUGUUAAGGGCUUACAAUGAAUAAAUUGAUCAAAUUUUAUUUAA